AUGCUCAUGACUUGCUGGUUCCCUGCCUCUUCUAACUGGAUUUUGCAACUCUCGUCAGUCGUAUUAUUAUUAUUACUAUUAUUAUUAUUAUUAUUAUUAUUAUUAUUAUUAUUAUUAUUAUUAUUAUUAUUAUUAUUAUUAUUAUUAUUAUUAUUAUUAUUAUUACUAUUAUUAUUAUUUAUCAUUAUUAUUUUAACAGUGGCGGCAUCUGAGCUCUCAUCGUUCGCGUCCCGAGUGUGGGGAGGCCUACAAUCGGCCGUUGGCGCGUCAAAGACGACACGUGCCGAUGCUGAUAAACAGCGGAAUAAUCGAAUGGAAAAGGAAAAUGGGUCUGGCGUAAGCACCGAUCGAUCACUAAAAGUUCUGGCUGAGUUUGUCGAACGAAUAACAGAGAAAGGUGUCGAUGGGAUUGUUAAAGAGUAUAGACGUUUGGAUAAUUUUUAUGAUACUACCGCUACAUAUGAAGCGUUCAGAGCGAAUAUGAUGAAGAACAGAUACUCAGACGUGGUUUGCACAGAUUCAACAAGAGUGAAAUUAAAAUUGGGUGAGAAGGACUAUGGUGAUUAUAUUCAUGCAAAUUUCGUCAAUUCACCUCUGCUCACCACCAAAUUUAUUUGCACUCAGGGUCCAUUACAAUCAACAAUUCACGAUUUUUGGCGGAUGAUCUUUCAAGAGCGGAUAGAAAAUGUACUCAUGCUAUGCAAACCGUGUGAAGAUGGCCGACCAAAAUGUUCACUAUACUGGCCGGAAACUGUCGGUAAAUGUGAUGUUAUGCCAACCGUACAAGUAAAAAAUACCGGCGAAGAAGUCGAUGAAUUUUCCACUAUCACAUCCCUAAUGGUUGAGUUGAACUCAAACUACGCAGCAGCUGAUGGUGAAUUAACGUCAGAACAACGAAAACCAUUGUUUCUUAGGCUAUUUCGAUGGACUACUUGGCCUGACCGAGGUGUUCCAGACCACAAUUCAUGUAGAAUACCUUUGCAGUUAUUGGAUAGGGUGCGAGGUGCACCGUGCGUAGUUCAUUGCUCAGCAGGAAUUGGACGUACAGGCAGCAUUUUAGCCCUAGAAAUGGCCCUUCAAAAGGUUGUCGCCGGGAAUAAAAUCGAUUUUGAACAGAUCGCACGAGAAUUACGAUGUGCACGUGCACAAUGUAUACAAACCGAGGUACAAUACCUCUAUAUUCAUCGGGUGAUGAUUGAAAACGCCCUAUUACAUAUCAAUUUGGACGAAUCUACGAGGACUACAGGACAUAAAUUUUUGCAAGAAUAUGACAAUAAAAUGAGAAAAUAA